AUGGAUUCCGAAAAGUCCUUUGAGGAAACUGACCUUCUGAGAGAAGACGACGUUAACCUCGACGUGGAGUCUCGAACAUAUCCCCGCAGAAAGCCAUGGACGUCUUGCAUCAUAGGCCUCCUCAGUCUUGUUGUCGCCUUGGAGACCAUUUGGCUCGUGCUGCUCGGGACGCGUGAAGCUCCUAACCCGGCCCUGAACUUGUACUCCCCGGCCAAUGCAGCUGUUCGAUACAACACUGUCAAGCUCGACGCUGACGACCAGAACCCCUACGUUCAUCAGAAGAGCACCGAUGUUUUGGAUCAGAUGUGGAUGGAUCUCUACGACUUCGGCACGGUGGGCUUGAGCACUUCAGAAGCUGCGCAGCUGGUAGACCAAACCAAGCCCACUCCCAACGACCCGGACACCUAUCCGGUCAUGAUCACAGUAUUCCACAACAUCCACUGCCUAAACUUGAUCCGCAAGGCGCUCUGGAGGGAGGACUACCCCGACGCUCUAGAGAUGACCGAGUUCGGAACAGUGAACCGGACCGCGCCAAAGGCCCUUCAUAUCGACCACUGCGUCAACUCGAUUCGAGAAGCCAUGAUGUGCAGCGCGGACAUCACACCGAUACCGUUCCACACCGUCAACGAGACCGACCUCCACGUCUUCCCCGAGCUGGCAGCCACGCAUACGUGCCGUGAUUUUGACGCCAUCCGUGAAUGGGCCAGGCCGAGGCAGGUGGAGGCUUGGAAGAUGGACAUCCAGCUCCACGAUGAUGAUGUUUAG